AGCGUAUUGCGCGAUUCACGUGCGCAUUAAAGGCACGCAAAACAAGAUGGCGGCGGACACGCUUUGUUAUUCUCGACAGUAGUUUUUACGAUCGGGAAAAUACGGAAGAUGAACGCGGCCGACGAUCUCGUCUUUAUUUUAAACAAGUAUUAAGUUUUAUCAUUUUCGUUGGAAAUUAAUGAAAUGAAGGUAAAAGAAAACCUUUCGGACGAUUUCGAGACCAAGACAAAAAUCGCUAAGGAAGAAGCUCGAGAAGAGGAAAUCGUUCCUUUUUUCAAACUUCCGGAAGAAUCAGGUUGGUCUGAUCAGUCCACUCAACCUCAUGUCUAUCGCCAUGUUGUCUUGCAGCAGAGUGUUACCAUGUUAGCCUAUAUGGAUCACUCCACAUACAAUGGCACUCAGCCUCCCAGCAUUUCCGAACCAAGAGUGUUUUUAGGUUUUUCUAUCAAUGAUUUGCCCAUUUUGAUUGGUGCAGCUGUUGGUGCUGCAGGUCUCAUAAUAAUAAUUUUGUUUGCUAUUAUUGUUUGGCACUGCUGCCGAAUAAGACAGAGACAUGAUAAAGGUUACUAUAUUGAUGGAUCUUGUCCAGAAGAUGGUUGCACAAGAAAAUUGGGAAGCACAAAUAUUGUUCAAAGUGAUUCCGUCGUGUUUUUGGGAGUGUCUUCUGGACGGUCAGACAGAGUUCAACCUGUAGAAACUAGGACAGUGGUGUACCAAGGAACUUUGACUCGUUCCCAAUCAGUACCUUUGAAAGAGCAGACAGUUCCUGAAACUAAAAGUGCUGUAAAGAAACGACCCGUCAGUCAACCAGUUCAGUUUCCACUGGCUAGUUUGAUACAUUGUACGUCGACAAAAGCACAGACAUUACCUUCAGCAUACACAAGACAUAUGCCAGAGAAGAUUUAUUAUGCAACUCUUGGACUGCCAAGCAUACCAGAAGUAGCUCUGAGAAGUUGUGAAUAUUUACAGGAUAUAGCAGUCUAUAAUCAGUUUGCUUCGUGCAAUGCUUUGGAUGAAUCUUGUCACUACACAUGCUUAUAUCCAGUGAAUCCAGAUCUAACAAUGAAAUCACGUAGUCUUCCUACCUGGGGACGAUGCCGCCCCAGGCCUCUUUCAACUGAAGAUGAUCUAAAUGAGCUUUAUGCCAAGGUGAGUUUCAGCAAGAAACGCAAAAAUAGAAUGAAAAAUGACAGCGCAGCAGCAAUUGCAAUGAAUAAGAGCCGCAGCACUUUUGUUGCAAUACCAUUCACCCACAAAGACACAGAUUCCCUGGUAGAUAAUGAAGCAGUAGUAGUGUAUGACGAGCGUACUGCAUUAUAAUUACCAGAGCUACAAGUUUCCCAUGGAAACUUUUUAAACUGCCUGUAAUUAAUCAUUAUUUAAAUUCUUGUACUUGGAAAAUUUUGGAGUGAGUAGUGAAUUUCCUUUUCAUGAAUGUUGCAUGUUAAUAGUAGAAAGAGAAGAAAAAAGAUUUCAUUCAUUCUUCACAUAUAUUGUGAACUUUAAAACUUAAUGCUUAAUCCAAAUCAUGGCAAAAAUAAUAAAAUCAAAUUUUCAUUUGAUAAGAAUAUUUUCCAUGUGAUCAGUUCACAUUUUGAUAACUAGGAUGCAUAAUUUGUUUCUCUAAUAAUGAUAAAUCUUACAUUUUGAUAGCAACAUCCUUUUUUUCUAUCAAAUAUACAUAUACAUGUUUUCUAUUCCCGUUUAAGAAAACAAAAGUUGAUUGUUUUCUGACAAGUUUUUUGGGUUUUUUAUAUCCAAAAACGUGGAUUUUUCUGUCACGUUUACAAUCCAUUCAGUAUUAUAUUUAAUACAUUUAUAAUUAAAUUUAAAAAAAAUUGCCAAAAUUAACAAUUACUGCCAUAUAAUUUGCAUAAUUUUCUUUCAAAAUGAUGAAUUAUGGAUCCUGGAUUUCAAAGAAAGAAUUUUGUCGGAGGAUAAAUUCUUUGUAAUAAAUGCUAGCAAUCCAUCUCGUCCGAGAUUUUACUCAUUUCAUUACAACAAUAUGAGAUAUUUUUGUCAAGAAGUUAAAUAUAUUUUUACAUUGUGCAAGACACAAAUAAUAUUUAAUUUUUUUGAUGUUUGUAAAUCUGUUUGUAUUAACUAAUAUAUUUUCUUCAUAGAUUUGUGUAAGUUAAAAGAUUGUAUGUUAAAAACUUUUGUGACAAUUCUCAAAAUUACAACUUGGGAAUCUGUUAUGUUGUAAUUUAAAACUGUUUUAAUAUUGUGAUAGAUGUUUUUGGAUGAAGAGUUGUCGGCCUUUGAUUUUUUAAUAAAAUAUUAAUGUGUUUGUC